CGUAAUAAGAAUUUUAGGUCUGAACAGCAAGAAACACUACAAGAAGUACAAGUGGAGGAAAUAGAAAGGAAAGAGCCCUCGUUACCGCCAUAGCCACAGCCGCAGCAGAGGCAGCGAAGUGGGCUUUCUAGGAAGCGUGGGCGCGGACAACAAACACUUCUAGGAGAAGCAAUUAGAACUGAACAUUUUGAUGGAGAAGGCUCAAUUGCCCAUCCCAGAGAGCCGCCGGAUGUUGGGUCAGGGGAGAAGGUGAUGGAGAAAGCCUCAAUUGUGGAGUUUAAGGAGACCCCACAGAGAAAGGGCGGUCGACGGAGUCGGCGUGGACAGAAGCAGCCAGAAGAGGCUAUAGGAACUGAAACAAAGGGAUCAGAUGAUCAUGUUGAUGAUGCUAGCUUGAUGAUCAUCCCUGUUGAGGAGUAUUUUUCGCCGCUGCACUCAUUUAGUUCUCCUGGAGAACUUGUGAACCAACCAGAAGAAAUGAGGAUUGUUGCUAGUGAUGUCGGAAAUAAUGAUAGUCCGACGAUGGUCCCAUGUAGUGAGGCAACUAGGGCUCUGGUAGGAGAGAUGGUAUUCUCUGUAACUAAUGGUGGGGAGCCUUUGCAGAUGGUGCUGCCACAGAGUUCUAGAGAACCAGUGGAACAAGCAGAACCGAGAACCACUGCUACUGAUGCUAAUGACUCCUUUACGGUCUUAUCCAGUGUUGCAAUUAUUGCUGAGAUGGAGGACAAGGGAGCUCUAGCUUCGGUUUGUGAAGAUGGGGAGCCCUUGCAGACACUGCAACAGCUGCUACCAAGUCCCCAUAGGGACAGGCAGCUAAAUCACCCAGAGUUGGAAACCUUUUCUACUGAUGUUUGUAACUAUGAUUCGAUAGAUUCUGCUUUGGAGAAGGAAGCUUCUGUAACUGAGUGCAGGCAGUUCUUGCAGCAGCCGCAGCAUUUGAGUGCCCAUGUGGAUGAGCGGCAAAAACAUCUAGAAGUGGGAAGCCCUGCUUCUGUUGCCAACAACGAUGGCUUGAUAGUUUUAUCAGUUGGGCCUCUUACGGUUGUGGAAAAUAUGGUGAAGGAAAAGGAAAUGCCUGAAGAACAGCUGCCUCAGGAACAACAAUUGUCCCUCCAAUGUAUUGAUGACGAUGUCAUUAAGGAAUGUUGUUGGAACUCCAAGUCUCUUAAGAAGGAGAAAGAAGGGAAGCCAAACAAGAAUUCAGAGUCAACUAGGCGAUGGAGUUUACGUCUUGCAAAACAAUCAGCGGGAGAAGAAGCAGAAGCAGCAACCUAA